AUGAAGCAGCUGAGAAAAGCGGAAAAUGGCCAGAUGCUUUCUGAAGAAAGGCGUCCGAAGGCUGCAGUUGGCCAGUUGGGUCCGCGCCUGCUGUACAUUCUUCACAUGCUGUGUGGCCAGCACCUGCGGCUGCCGGGGGCGGGGGGCGAGUUUGGGGGCGUGCGGCGCGUGCUGAUGUGCCUGCACGCGGCCACCAUCAGCCUGGCCACGGUGUACUGCACGCUGAGCGGCGGCUACGCGCUUUCCAAGCACCUGGACAACUUCGGACACGCGCUCUACAUCGCCACCGGAUUCCUCGGCAUGGCCGAAUGCCUCGUUCGCAUCCUCUACACGGUACUGCGUAAGAGCACCAUCGAGCGCAUCGCCGGCAAGCUCCACCACGCCCUCCACCAAGCACAAAUCGACCCUGAACCUGAGCACUUCGUCAGGAGAACUUCCAAGGUGACGGCGGUGUUUCUGGUGACACUUUUCUCGACUUUUGGCGUGGCGAUUUGCUCCAGCUACACGACGAUUUUCGCGCAGAUCGGCACGCUGAUCGACAGCUACAUGCAGAACGGGACGCAGGCCGAGGACGCCGACCUGCUGCUGACCAAGAGCGAAGAGGUGUCGAUCGAGAUCCUGGAAGCGUGGUACUACGUGCACCGCUUCUUCAAGAUGUGGCCGUACGUGGCGCUGGUCAAGGCGUACGCCGCCUUCGUCUACGCCGUCUCCUUCCUCUCAUUGGGCCGCGUCGUCGUCUCGGACAUCCUCUUCUACUCGUGGUACGCCACCCUGAACCACCUGUACCGCGUCCUCGUCGACGCCCUGCCCCAGGCGCUCGCCGCGGACACCGCUGCUGACAGGAAGAAGGCGCUCGCUGACUGGAUCAAACACCACCACUCACUAAAUCAAUUGCUGAAGGAAAUCAACUCGCUUACUUCACCAGUCAUAGUGAUUGCAGUCGUUUUGACCGGCUUUCGCAUUUGCAUUUUGUACUUCGUGCUCUUCAAGCUUGCUGAUCCAACCAGCAUUUUCUUAAUCAUGGUUUACGGCCUUUCGUCGGUGCAGCAGGUCUUCGUUUACAGCAUCCUUGGCCAGAGGAUCAAGAACAACGUGACGCAUUUGCACGCGCAGGCUUACAAAUCGGCGUGGGUGGAGAGUGACGGGACGGUGCAGCACGCGACUCUGAUGAUCUGCACGGCGGCCAGUGACAAGAUUGGACAGAGUCUCCCUGGGGCACCCUUUUUCUCCAUGUCUCUUGAGUUUAUGGCUUCGGAGAAGAUCGCAAACACGUUUGGUUCAAAACUCUUAUUCCUGGUGCACCUGGUGUGUGGACAGUACCUGAACCUGCCGACACCGCGCUGGACAAUAAAUCCGGCUUUGAAACUAAUAAUUGGAUUUUACGGGGCUGUCUCCUUUCUCGGCAUUACCUUCUUCGUCACAGUCACCGCGUCGACUCUCGUCAAAAACCUGCACGAUUUUGAAAACGCCGUGAUGCUGACCGCCGGGUUUUUCGGGUUUCUGCAGUGCUUCUUGCGCAUCGUCUACACAACGGCCAGAAAAGGGAAAAUCGAGGAAAUCGCCGAAAAGGUGCACAGAGCUUUAAACAGGCACGGACUGCAGAAGGAUUCGGUUGAUUUCAACAAGAAGCUGUCAAGAUCCUGA